AUGAUUAUCAGUCGUGCACUUACUGCGUUAUCGCUAUGCGCCGCCGCGAUUGCAGCUCCAACAGAGAAGCGCGGUGUCGACUUCAAGUGGGGGUCUGACAAGAUUCGUGGUGUUAACAUUGGUGGAUGGUUGGUCUUGGAACCUUGGAUUACGCCUUCUAUCUUUGAUGGAGCGAACCAAGGCCGUCCGCAGAGGGACAUCGUUGACGAAUACACAUUGGGCGAGAAGCUUGGUAGAGAUGCGGCGGGAAGUAUCCUACGCAAGCACUGGGACUCGUUCGUAUCAUGGCACGACUUCAACAAGAUCAAGCAGUCAGGCUUCAAUGUCGUUCGUAUCCCCAUCGGGUUCUGGGCAUACGACACUUUUGGUACACCUUACGUCAGCGGUGCGAGUGUCUACAUCGACGCUGCCAUCGACUGGUCUCGAAGUCUAGGGCUGAAGAUCAUCAUCGACCUCCAUGGUGCACCAGGCUCUCAAAACGGAUUCGACAACUCCGGCCAACGAAUGGACUACCCUGGAUGGCAACGUGGUGACACCGUAAAGCAGACUGUCCAAGUUCUACGGACAAUCUCGCAAAAGUAUGCUCGGACAGAGUAUCAGGACGUCGUUGUCGGUAUCCAACUGCUCAACGAGCCCGCGUUGUACACUGGCAUCAGCGAAGACGUGACCAGGCAGUUCUAUCGCGAUGGUUACGGUCAGGUUCGUGAGGUUUCCGACACCCCAGUCAUCAUUCACGACGGGUUCAAGCCUCCGAACACGUGGAACGCCUUCCUCACUCCUUCGGAUGCGAACGCGGUGAACGUCGCGGUUGACCACCACGAAUAUCAAGUGUUUGACAGCAAUCUCCUCCGCAUGUCACCCGCGGACCACGCACGCUACGCUUGCAGCAACUCUCAGACUAUCGGCGGUGCGGACAAAUGGACGUUUGUUGGCGAGUGGACAUCGGCUAUGACGGAUUGCGCAAAGUACCUCAACGGCUUCGACCGUGGCGCCCGCUACGAUGGAACCCUCCCAGGCAGCUCCAGGAUUGGAUCUUGCGAUUGGCAAAACGACCUAUCACGGUGGUCAGCCUCCUACAAGGACGACAGCCGACGUUACAUUGAAGCCCAGAUCGCCGCUUUCGAGAGCAAGACUCAGGGCUGGUUCUGGUGGAACUUCAAGACGGAGGGUGCGGCUGAAUGGGAUGCAUUCCGACUUAUCGACGCUGGCGUCUUUCCGGCAAUUAGAAACGGGCAGGUGGAGUAUAAGUUCGGCCGUAUUUGUUAG